UGGUGUUAUGGGCGGAGUCUGAAGCUCAGCAGUUUCCAGCGGUCAACGUCACUUGAUAACGAGCACCUGGGCCGCGGAGAACGAGCAGACCAGCAGCCUGCGUCCUUCGGUCGGUCCGGUAUCAACGGAGAUAAGCGGAGCGGUGGCCAUGGAGGCCUCGAGGAGACGGACCCGCAACGGCGCCAACGGGAAGACAUCUGAGCAGCAGCCGGCACAGUGGGGGAGAGCAUGGGAGGUGGACUGGUUCUCCCUGAUCAGCGUGAUCGGCCUCCUCUGCUUCGCCCCCUUCAUCGUCUUCUACUUCGUGAUGGCCUGUGACCAGUACCAGUGCUCGGUCAGCCAGCCGCUGUUGGACUUGUUCCGAGGAGACACCACCCUGCUCUCCAUCUGGGCCCGGGCACCCUCCUUCACCUGGUCAGCUGCCAAGAUAUACACCAUCUGGGUGGCCUUCCAGCUGUUCCUGUACAUGUGUGUUCCUGAUGUGACUCACAAGUUCAUUCCUGGCUACGUGGGUGGAGUGCAGGAUGGAGCACGAACUCCUGCUGGUCUGAUUAACAAGUACGAGAUCAACGGGCUGCAGUGUUGGCUGAUCACUCACGCUCUGUGGUACGCCAACGCCCAACAUUUCCACUGGUUCCCUCCCACCAUCAUCUUCGACCACUGGAUCCCCCUGAUGUGGUGCGCUAACAUCCUGGGCUACGCUGUGUCCAGCUUCGCUUUCAUUAAGGCCUACCUCUUCCCCACCAACUCUGAGGACUGCAAGUUCACAGGGAACGUCUUCUACAACUACAUGAUGGGCAUCGAGUUCAACCCGCGCGUCGGCAAGUGGUUCGACUUCAAGCUCUUCUUCAACGGGCGGCCCGGCAUCGUGGCCUGGACCCUCAUCAACCUGUCCUACAUGGCCAAGCAGCAGGAGCUCUACGGCCAUGUCACCAACUCCAUGGUGCUGGUCAACGUGCUGCAGGCCAUUUAUGUGUUGGAUUUCUUCUGGAAUGAGGCUUGGUACUUGAAGACCAUUGAUAUCUGCCAUGACCACUUUGGCUGGUAUCUGGGCUGGGGAGACUGUGUGUGGUUGCCAUACCUCUACACACUGCAGGGUCUGUACCUGGUGUACCACCCGGUCCAGCUGUCCACCCCCCACGCCCUGGCGGUGCUGUUGCUCGGCCUGGUCGGGUACUACAUCUUCCGCUCCACCAACCACCAGAAGGACCUGUUCCGGCGCACAGAGGGCUCGUGCUCCAUCUGGGGCAGGAAGCCGGUGUACAUCGAGUGCUCCUACCGCUCGGCCGACGGCGGCGUCCACCGCAGCAAGCUCAUGACCUCCGGCUUCUGGGGAGUGGCCCGCCACCUCAACUACACGGGCGACCUCAUGGGCUCGCUGGCCUACUGUGCCGCCUGCGGCUUCGGCCACGUCCUCCCGUACUUCUACAUCGUUUACAUGACCAUCCUGCUGGUACACCGCUGCGUGCGCGACGAGCACCGCUGCGGUAGCAAGUACGGGAAGGACUGGAAGCGCUACACGGACGCUGUGCCUUACCGACUAGUUCCUGGGUUGUUUUAGAGUGGGGGGCCGACGGGUAGGGUGGGGGCUCAGACACAAUUAAAAUGGGUUAACGCGAGGGGUGUGUUUGUUUUAUAUGUACCCGUUUGAACACCACAUCCAUUUAGAAAGCAGCUGUUCAUGUGUGCCGGUACAGACCUCCCUGGGUAGUGUGAUACACCAUUAUGCUGGGACCAUUUAAACACAUUCUAACAGUACAAUAUGUCUUCAGAGCUUUUCAGACCAGGCACAACUUGGAGCAGCUCAAGUUCAAACCCUCACAGGUGAUUCGUACAACCCUUAUUUACGUUUACUGUUGGGUGGCCGGGGUCGUGAUGAAGGGAGCAAAGGAGGAAGUCGGAUGAGGUAGUUGAAUGAGUGGUAGAGGAACUGGUUUGCUGUGUGUGUACGAGUCCGACAAACGCAUGACUGUCACUUAGGAGACCGCUGUCAGGGUGCCGUGUGAAAACAGUCCACAUUGAUUGGUUUUAACUUGCGUACCUCAGUGGUUUUAGCUCACGCAACAGGAAAACGCUUAAUUUGAGAGUAGCAACAAAAGACCUAUGUGGUCUCAUGGAUUGGAGGACAUGCUAAUUCCACAUUCCUGUCACAUUCCCAUAAUGCACUUUGUCAAUUUCACAAUCAUUUAUCAUGUUUCUUAAAUAGAUAUAAAAACAGAUUCAACAAUUUAUCCUAUGUAAAUUUCAUCACCUUUCAGGAUUUCUUUGGACUGCUGCUCAUGAAAAGUACUUUUGAUGAUGUCACUUUGCACUCAGGUUGCGUAUGAGGGCUUUUUAUUGCGCGCUGCAUUUUUAGACUACAUGAGUGGUUAUUGAGAUAUAAGUGAUACAUUUAUGAAUCAAUACUGUAACGGUUUGUUGUGGCCCCUCUGGCUUAAUGGACCAAAUGUGAUUGUUGGCUCUGCUAACGAAACCUGCCUCGUUAACAGAAAAGUGAUGUAAUCUUUGUUUAAAGGUUGUGUGAAUGCUUAGAUUUAUUCACUAUCACUUUUCCAUAACUAACUGCCAGUGAGAUCUGGGUAUGGUUAGGUAUUCGCUUGUCUCGAUUCCUUCAUUGUGGAGAGAAGCAUGUUCACGCAGGUCAGCUUCAGCCACUCACUAAAAUGUUCACACUUUUCCAGCCUUUAAAUACUGUUUUAGAGUAUUUACCACUUGGGUGGAUUCGUGUAUUUGCUCUGUGUUGAACCAACAUGUGGAGUAGAUGCAGCCGUGUUUAAGUCCUAUUGCUGAUGGAACCGACUGUCAUGUCUGCUUGCUGUCUGUUUCCCUAAUGCCAGCACUGCCUUUCUUAUAGUGGUGAUUCAAUUAAAGAAAUUUGGCUUA